AUGCCCGGACAUACAUAUGAUGCCCUUCCAUCCCCCGCCAUAGCCGUGUCCAACUCCAUCAACUACUCCACCCCCGCGCGGUCAUCGGCCCCUCAACCCACCGCGGGUCGAACGAAUGGAACCGGCGCCCGCCGUCGGAGAAGCCCAUCCGUGGAUGAAGAUGGUGGAAGCCAAACUCCUACCUGCUACACCAUCAACUACUUUGCCUCCCAAGCCCGACACACAUCACAAUGGGAUCAAAUUGAUGAUACCCUCGAGGAGCACCGCGGCCUCACCAACCACUUCUUGAACCAUCAAGGAGCCUUGCAAGGGCAGGAGCCCUUGCUCACCAACCUCGAUCAAGACGCUGUUGCCCUCCCGACGCCCCAGGAGACCCGCGCCCGGAUGGCCGCCGCUGCGAACCCUCAAUAG